CAUUUACGUCAAAGUCUUGUGGUCACUGUUGUGUAUCAAGUAUGUUAAAACAGGUGACUUUCUUCCUCUGGUUGGAUCUCCUUGGGCUGUCCAUUGGGGCCACUGCCCAAAAAAAUCUUGCCCUACAUGGAAAAGCUACCCAGUCGUUUAUACAUGACAUCGGUCAUGCCUCCAAUGCCAUUGAUGGAAACCGAAAUUCACAAUAUGAGGCUGGAUCCUGCUCUCACACUACCACUCAAGCGUACCCCUGGUGGAGAGUGGACCUGCUUGACACGUACAUCGUCACCUCAGUCACCAUCACCAACAGAAAUACUUUUCAUGAGAAGCUCAAUGGGGCUGAGAUCCGUAUCGGAAACCAUAUAGAGAUUGAUGGCAUUGAAAACCCACUGGCUGGGGUCAUUAACUUCAUUCCAGCAGGCAGAUCUCUCACCCUUAGGUGGGUCAAAGGUGUAGAGGGACGGUAUGUGACUGUAGUUCUACCUGGGACAGGAAAAACUCUGACUCUUUGUGAAGUUGAGGUUUAUGGGUACCCCGCUCCAACUAGAGAUAAUUUGGCUUUACAAGGAAAAGCUUCGCAGUCGUCAAUCCAUUCAACAGGAAUUGCAUACAAUGCUAUAGACGGGAACCGUGCCAGUAAAUGGGCACAGGCCUCCUGCACCCACACUGCCGCAAAUUUGAACCCCUGGUGGAGGCUGGACCUGCGCAAGACCUACAAAGUUUUUUCUGUUGUAAUCACUAAUUAUGAGUCACCCGCUAGACUCAAUGGGGCUGAAAUUCGCAUUGGAGAUUACCUCAACAACAACGGCAAUAACAAUCCCAGGUGUGCAGUGAUAUCUUCAAUUCCUGGUGGCUUUACUCAGACAUUCCAUUGUAAUGGGAUGGAGGGUCGCUACGUCAACGUGGUCAUUCCGGGAAGGACAGAUUAUCUGAUAUUGUGUGAGGUGGAGGUGUAUGGGUCACCCCUCAACUAAAAUGUUGAUAGUUCUGACUGAGUCUUUCAGCCUUUUAUCAGAUUCACUCAGACUCACUACUCAGUCAAAUCAGUAACAUGGUAAAAUAAUUGGCAUGAAUUCUGAUGUUUACACAUCGUUUUUACUUUCAUUCCUUUUCACUCGGAACACAGUUUUUUUUCAUCAUUAAGUUUAAACUACUAUAAACUACUCGAAAGAUGAUUCAUGAUACCAAUCAAGCAAAAUUGACUUGGUGCUGUCUUCAAAAAAUAUUUUAGCACACAUUUAUAUUAACAAUGUUUUGCUUUAUCUUGCAAUAGUUAUUAUAUUUAUACUUCUAUUGUUUGGUUAAGAAUGAUGUGACUCAUUGUAGUUAAGAAGCAUAUUACAUGUACAAAAGCAAAAUACCCAAAAUUUUGACAAAUAAUGUUGAAUUUAUUACAUGGAUGAAAUUUGUUUAAAUAAGUAGCAUUUUUUUCUGAAACCACCAUGGUACUAUUUUAUCAUGUUGAUAAGAUACUGAUUUAGCGCAGAGCGGGAUUUUAAAAGGACGAAGCGUUGCCCUAUGUCCCGCUACAAUUUCACUCCAGGAAUGCUCACGCCACGUGUCUGAAGCAUGCCCAAGCCCGACCCAGUAUCCAUCUGUGUCCUGCCCAGUCAUCAACAGUAGACUAUUUUCAGUAAAAAAAAAACACCUCAAUAAUAGGGGGUUAAAUAUUGGCCAAACAACCAAAACGAAUUCCCAUAUGGUUUAAAAGAAUCCUGCUAAAUUUGCCUGAAAACGCCUAAACAGCAUACCCAAAGUAAAUUGAAAGCUGUUCUUGAACCAUUUGGAGUACGGGCAUGUUUUAUUCUAGUGAAAUGGGCCUUAGAGUUGAGACAUCAUUAUGAUUGGGCAUUAUGACAUUAUUAUUUGUAAGGAUUGGACAUAACCUUGUGCCAGUUGAUAAUUUCACAAUCUGCAAAGAGUUAAACCUUAGCUGGUUUGACACAUAACAGAUUCUUAAUUCUUAGCUUCAUUGUACCAUCCAAACAAGCUUCAUUAUGGCUAAGGGAGUUAAAACACUGUAAAAAAAAAAAUCACUGCAAACUGCAAAAACAACGAAAUGGUCAAGUGUUUUUUCAUGUCUUUUACCCUCAUUACAUUUUAGAAAAUCUUGCCCUACAUGGAAAAGCUACUCAGUCGUUUAUACAUGACAUCGGUCAUGCCUCCAACGCUAUUGAUGGAAACCGAAAUUCACAAUAUGAGGCUGGGUCCUGCUCUCACUACCACUCAAGCGUACCCCUGGUGGAGAGUGGACCUGCUUGACACGUACAUCGUCACCUCAGUCACCAUCACCAACAGAAAUACUUUCCAUGAGAGGAUCAAUGGGGCUGAGAUCCGCAUCGGAAACCAUAUA